UCGCGGGGAAGGUGGGAGCGGCGGGGGCGCGCGGGGGUCGUCGCCAUGGCGAGCGCGCGUGCCGGCGGCUCGCGCCGCUGAGCUGUCCGUUCAGCACCGCGCGGCCGGCACCGCAGCCGCAGCGAUGGCGGGCGGGGGCCGGGGGCUGCGGCGCCGCGGCCGCUGAGAGCAGGUUUUCAUUCCCUAUACACCUUUGAAAGGAACUCACUAUGACAGGGCAGAGCCUGAAGGCUUUAUCUGAGGCGAAUUUUGAAGACAAUGAGAUCAGCAUCAACGUUGGAGGCUUUAAGAAAAAGAUGAGAUCCAACACAUUAUUAAGGUUCCCUGAGACCAGGCUGGGCAAACUCCUGAGCUGCCACUCAAAGGAGUCGAUACUGGAGCUCUGUGACGACUAUGAUGACACCAAGAAUGAAUUUUAUUUUGACAGGAACCCCGAGCUCUUCCCUUACGUGCUACAUUUUUAUAACACUGGCAAGCUCCAUGUGAUGGGUGAACUCUGCGUGUUUUCUUUCAGCCAGGAGAUUGAAUACUGGGGAAUCAAUGAAUUCUUUAUAGACUCCUGCUGCAGUUACAGCUACCAUGGGAGGAAAAUGGAGCCAGACCAAGAGAAAUGGGAGGAACAAAGUGACCAGGAAAGUACCACAUCUUCUUUCGAUGAGAUUUUAGCAUUCUACAAUGAUGCCUCUAAAUUUGACAAGCAACCCUUUGGAAACAUCAGGAGGCAGCUCUGGCUCGCUUUGGAUAAUCCUGGGUACUCGGUCUUAAGCCGAAUCUUCAGUGUCCUUUCAAUUGUGGUGGUGCUGGGCUCCAUUGUGACCAUGUGCCUGAACAGCCUCCCAGACUUCCAGAUCAUUGACAGCAACGGGAACCCUGAGGAAGACCCUCGCUUUGAGAUCGUGGAACAUUUUGGUAUUGCAUGGUUCACUUUUGAACUGGUGGCGAGAUUUGCAGUAGCUCCUGACUUUUUAAAAUUUUUCAAGCAUGCCCUGAAUUUAAUUGACCUAAUGUCUAUCCUUCCAUUUUAUAUUACCUUAAUCGUCAACUUGGUGGUGGAAAGUAGUCCGACUUUAGCAAAUUUAGGCAGGGUUGCACAAGUCCUGAGGCUCAUGAGGAUCUUUCGCAUCUUAAAGCUCGCUAGACACUCCACAGGUCUCAGGUCUCUUGGCGCCACCCUGAAGUAUAGCUACAGAGAGGUGGGGCUUCUCUUACUUUAUCUCUCUGUUGGCAUCUCCAUUUUCUCAGUAGUGGCUUACACCAUUGAGAAAGAAGAGAAUGAGGGGCUGGCCACCAUCCCUGCUUGUUGGUGGUGGGCUACCGUUAGCAUGACCACAGUUGGCUAUGGGGAUGUCGUGCCAGGGAGCACUGCUGGCAAGUUGACGGCAUCUGCAUGCAUCCUAGCCGGUAUCCUGGUGGUAGUGCUUCCCAUUACACUGAUCUUCAAUAAAUUCUCCCACUUUUAUAGGCGUCAGAAGCAGUUAGAGAGUGCCAUGAGAAGCUGUGAUUUUGGUGAUGGCAUGAAAGAAGUUCCGUCAGUCAACUUAAGGGACUACUAUGCUUAUAAGGUUAAAUCCCUUAUGGCCAGUCUUACCAAUAUGAGCAGGAGUACCCCCAGUGAGCUGAGCCUGAAUGAUUCACUGCAUUAGUGUACAAGUUUGACAGCAGUUUGCAUGAGACCUAUGAAGAGCUAUGUUUAUAAAUGUUUUCCUAUUUGUCUUCUUUUUUUUCUGGAGAAUAGUGUUGCUGACACUGCACUAACUUUGCACUUGAGAAACUAAAGUAAUUUCUAUUACAAGUUGACAGUUUGCACAUUUUCAUCCUGUUGCAUAGGUACUAAAUGCUGACUUUUCCAUACAGAUGUUACCACUUCUAUGACAUUAGUGCUGGUGGUAUAGUGAUGAUCUGUUACUUUGUGCAUUUCCUCAUCUUCGCAGAGAAAUGAACGUACCCAAGCGGAAUAAAAAUUCUCAGUUGUGACACAAGUAAUGAAAAAAUCACCUGUCACCUCUACCGGUAUUUGUACUAACGUAGGGCUUCCCAUGCAUUUGACAACAGUUCAAAACAAUCACCUGUGAAUCACUGACACAGGAACACUCUUCUCCAUCUUCCUGACCAGUAAUUCUGAUGGUCACAUGUCUGAAAACAGCUCUGAGCUUCAUAUUUGAAUGGAAGUUUGCUAACUCUUGAGCACGUGUGUUAAAAACUGGGUGUUCUUGUUCUGAAAUGUUAUGUCUGGUAAUAUUUUUAUGAAGCUCCUAAGCGUAGACUUACCUCUGCUUCCAAGAUUAGGUCAAUACCGAGCCCUCUGAAGAAGCCCAUCCCUCAUUUUCAGAUGGCUUCAGAUGUAUUCAAAGACUGCAUCUCCACAAGUAACUCUAGGUUUGGAGGUCCAUGAAGACAUCUCAGGUCCCCAUUUCCAGAAGUGAUCUGCACACAGCUUGGUUCCAGGGAAGCUGAAGACGUGCUGUAUUUCAGUCCAUCAAAAUGGUUCUGAAAUUAGACACGCAAAAACGUGGGUUUUCAGCAAUUAGAAGCUCCAAUGAAAAACUUGGAUUUGCUUAAUGAAGUGAAAUAUUCCCACAUGAACAGUACAGGCAGCAUUUUAGGAACUGACAUUCAUAUACUGCAAAAAGACUAAUUAUAAAGAUGCCAUAUGUGAUGCUGAGAUAUAAAAUCUAAUUUUAUCAGAAAGCUUGAAAGCAGGUGUUGAUGGCAGACAAUUCCAUUAAGCUUUGUGCCAAGGAAACUCUAAGGAAAAAAAUAACCCCUGUAAGUCACAUUUUCCCUCAGAAAUGAGCUAACAGCUUACAGCUCAGGAAGAGUAUAAAGGCCUAAGAAAGCAACAGAUAAAGAAAGAGAGAGCUUAAUACUGCACUCGCUGUGGGCAGAUCCUCCUACCUGCUUCUGUGAUGUAGUCAAUUCCAAUCCUUUCAAGGGUUGGCCUGUGCUAUUUUUGUUCCUUUUUAAAAAAAAAAAAAAAAGAUGCGAAAGAACAGAUCAUCUGCGUUUUCAAGAGUAAUCAUGAAUCUGCAUAAACAUUUUUUGAGUGCUCAGUCCCUUCCCUUACGCAAUUGUACAAAGAUCAAACAUUUGGUAGCCAACAGGCAGGAUCCACUGCUCCCCUCUUUUUUUUACUUCUAUGGAUCUGUCCUGUAAAACAAAUUGCUGGCACUCAGUGGGCUGAACAACAUUGCUUUUCAGAUCCUGCUGCUUCUCCAUCGCAUUUGUUACAUAUAAAGCACCAAUCAAUUAUUUUUAAUUUUUUGGUUUAUUUGUUUUACUUGUGAAGACUAAAGACAUGCAGAACAUAAAUUCCAACUACUUAAAAGAGAAAUUACUGAAGCUGAAAUUGUGUGUUUGGAAACCUGUGUUUGCAUACCACAACAAGGAGCCAUCCAACUGGCAGAAUAAAGUAAAUAUGGUACAAACAGGUAAUUCUCUUUUUUUUUAGAUGAUUAGAGAUUGCAAUCUGAUCUGGAUCUGUUGAUGUUGUUGCUGUAUCAGCUCCACCUAAAACUAGGAAGUAGAGCACCCAGGAUCAGAUUCCUGUGUGGCCAGUGAUCUAUCACGGAAUAUACAGGGUGAAAUACCUUACACACCACCACUUACUUUGAACACUCUUCUCUCACAUCAGUAGUUGAUUCAGGCUGUGAAGUGUGAGGGAAAAGGGUCCUUUUUAACCUUACAAAAUAAAACUUGGUGAUUUCAGCGUAGCCUGCACAAGUUAUAAAGUCAAUAAGCAAGGCAUUGUUUGUUGCCCCUGAAAACUGAAGAGCCGUAUACAUGACCCUGAAGGUAGACCUGCAUAAUCUGAAUUAGGUGUCCAAACUUGAGAUAUUUUGCUGAGGUUUUCACUUCUGCGGGGCUGGUUCAAGUUCUCUGCUGUGUCACAGGAAUAAGUACAAUAGUCUUGUCCCUGAUUCAUAUUGCAUGUGUGUAAACUGUCAUACAACUAAAAAACCCACCCACCCCAAACACGCCGCAGCACUUGAUUGCCUGUUGGAUUGAAAUACUAUGAUAGAAAUGAGGGAAGGAAGAGAUGGGCUUGCACAGUACAUGCAAUCCCAUUGGGUUACAUACUGCAGGGUGGCAAACUCUCCCACUGAUGCCAAGAAAACUGUAAGUUCUUACUAUGUCUGUUGGCUGGAGGCCUUCGGAGAACCCAGCUGCAGGGAGUGGUUUUAUCCCAGUUUCACAAGCAGUAGAUUCACAGAGUUGAAAACCAAUGACUUACAGGGCAGUAUGUGAAGAGACCUGUAAACGUGCCAAAGAGUCACAGAUUCCCUCAGCUGUUGCUAGUUUAGGAUUACAAAGGUUGGAUCCAAACUUUGCAACACAUCAUUUCAAUAACUUAGAGCUGAUCUUAUGUUCUAGAUUUAUUAUUAUUCAUAGGGCUGAUGCUCUGUCAUUUCUGCAAAUAUUGAAUGGAAUGUGUCCAAAUUGCAUUUUACUAAAGAAAAUGAAAUACCCCAAGGAAUUAUGACUUUUAUUGUACUGGUUGAAAGGAAUUUUCAUUAUUGGUUUUUUUAAAAGUGCUUUGGAUCAAAGACACGAGAUAAAUAAAGUACUGAAAUUUAAUAUGUUCUUAUUAUCAUGACAAUGACUUUACACAGGAAUUCCCUUCAUAAACUUAACUAACUCCAUGUUAAAAGUAGUCAGAUUUUUGCUCCCCCUUCCUCUGGAAGAGCGUUCCAGAACUGUUCUUCUCUCCAAGGCUUGUGCAACUUUUAGAAUAAAUUUAUUAAUGGCUGCUUUAUAUAAUAUUUUUCUCACGCCACCACUGUUCUUCAGCUUCAAUAUUUCAAUUUCCUCUUAGUGUUUGCAUGCAUGGUGUAUUUAUAGACCUCAACCAUAUGCCCUUACAUGCUUAUUUUCACAGGAUUAUACCUGCCAAGUUUCCUUUUAGUAUUUUGGGGGUUUUUUUGCAGGUCGUGUUCCCCUUACCAUCCUAGGGGAUGUAGCCUUUUUUUUUCUGCAUUACUUCUGGUUAGAUUUAAUCUGUUUGAGCUGCCAUUCUACAGUUUGUACCUCUUUGCACAUCAGGUUUAAUAUUUGCUUAAGACUAGCAGAAUUUUUCAGUGAGAAGGGUAACAGUUGUUCUGAUUUAAGUAUUGUUGUCUUAGCUUCCCCAAAAAAUCCAGGUAAGGAAGAAUGAGCACACCCUUCCUGCCACAUUAUGCAGUUACCUUUCUAGGGCUCAGCCCAGCAGGUGCUGAGAAUCCUCAUCUCUCAUUAAAUAAAAAUUGUUUAUUUAUUAAAUAAAUGUUUACACUUUGAAGGAAAAAGUGAAUCUCUCCAAAGCCUCAAUAAGAAGGAAGCAGUGGGGUAGCUGAGGUUUAGUCAUCACUACUUUUGCGAGACUUCUUCGAUCACUGUUUUGUACAAGCAGGGCAUCUUCACUGCUGUAAAACAGUGAUCAGAAAUGAAGGAUGAGUGGACUAAUUGGCUGCUUUGUCCAGUGUCUGAAACUUGAAAACUGUUGUGGUCAGAAAUCUGCUUACUAUGGAUGUGCCCCUUAAUGAAGAACACCACACUCGGCAUGUGCUCCUCCUGCCUUGUGGCAGUCACCUUCCUGGCACUGAUGAAAAUGCUGCUCAGGCUCUCUUUCGGCUGAGAGCUUUGAAGUGCUCAAGUGAGGAUUAUGGUAAUAUUUCAAAUCAGGCAACUUGCUUUAUUGCCAGGAAUAAACUGUUAGAGAAUCUUGAUUUCUAGUCCAAAUCUUGGCUAUUAUAAGAGUCAGAGAUGUCAUUGAGAAGCAAUAUAUUACAUUGUUUUCCUGAGAUGUAAAAUCUAUAUAUAGAUUGUGAUUAAGCUUUUUAUGUAUGUUCAGAUUUUGUAUUAUUGCCUGGUUUAUUAUUCCCUUACUUUCAUCAGAUGCUUAUUCUCUCUUUCCCUGCAGAGUACUUUAUCCAUUUUGGAAGGACUGUUUUUUCCUCACGUAUUAUAUAUAGCAUGAGCUACUUCACAUUGCAAACUUGAAAACAAAGAACUUUGCAUUUAAUUUUCCAACUUUAAUACCUCCAAUAUUUGUAUCUCUCUGUACAGAACUUUAUG